AUGACGGAGAUUGGCAAGCAUGACGCCCUUGUCCUGUUGACGCAGGCAGCAUUCAUUCCAAGGCUGUCAUACUUUUUACGUACAUCUCCUGGCCCGUCUCAACAAAAGUCAGAUGAAUUCAACAACGAACUACACAUGGGUUUUCAGAAGAUAUUUAAUGUGUUUUUUGAUGAUAAAGGUUGGAAGCAGGCUAUAUUGCCGGUAAAUAUGGGUGGACUGGGUUUGGGCGUCGUGGCCGAGUUGGCACCAUCAGCCUUUUUGUCAUCGGCCGCGGCCACGGCAGCCCUCCAGGAUAAAAUCUUACCAAUGGAUGUAGCAUACCAGGAUGAUUUAAGACUUGAAACAUUUCGGCGUUGGUGCACGGUUUACGGAGAUAUAAUGGACAUAAAUGUGUGUUCGCAGAAGAAAUGGAAUGAACCAUCUUUGAAUGUUUCAAAAUCGAAACUGGAGGAAUUAAAUGACUCUCCCUCAGAUAAGGCCAGGUUGAUGGCCGUCAGAAGUGAAUUGGGGUCUGCUUGGCUAAGGGCCAUUCCCAGUACAGCUUGUGGUACAAGGCUCGUCAAUGGUUCUAUUAGUGAGUUUAUGCUUGAGACUUGGGCUGCCGGUGGUGUCAGGCUUGGUUCAGGAAGACAAGCAAGACACUCUGCCAUGAAUGAUUAUAUAUGCAAAUUAUUCCAGAAAGCAAAUAUACCCGCCGUUAAGGAACCAGCAGGCCUACUAUCUGAAAGCAACUUCAGGCCAGAUGGUUACACCCUGGUACCGUGGUCCCAAGGUUGUUGUUUAUCAUGGGAUGUGACGUUCCCUCACACGUUAGCCGAAAGGUACAUCAAUUACACGGCUAUGGAGCAAGGUUCCGCCGCGGUGAAGGCUGCUGAUUUCAAAAAUACUAAGUAUAAAGAUUUAAACGACAAUACGAGUUUUUGUUCCGAUCUGUGUGGAGACAUUUGGCCCAGUGGAUAA